AUACACCCACAUAGACCGCGCAGUCGUCGUUAAGUACAGUCAUGUUAUGAGUACAGUCCACGCUUUGGAAUUGAAAUGACAGAAGAAUAAGUCUUCAUUCCUUAGUAAACUAAAAUAAGCAUUUUCAUGAUAAAUAACUAAUCUUGUAUCACGAUGUCAAAAGCAAAAGUGUCUGCAGAGUGGAGGAAACGCGUAAGGUCGGAAUAUAUGCGUUUACGACAAAUGAAACGGUAUAAACGCGCAGAUGAGGUGAAAAUAGCUUGGAAUCAGAAUCGUAAGGUUAUGUCCGAACAACUAUCGACUGAACAAAAACGAUGGGCAGAUGGAAAAGCGAUGUGGCUUGCCAUGCAAGAUAUACCACCACAUGUAUCUUGCAUGAAGAAGGCAGAAAUUACCAGUUCAGAUGGUGAUGUACAAACUUGUCCUGUUAAAAUUAUAAAUGCAGUGACUCCUAUACCGACUAUGUAUACUUGGGCUCCAAUACAACAGAAUUUCAUGGUUGAAGAUGAGACUGUGUUGCACAAUAUACCCUAUAUGGGCGAUGAAAUUUUAGAUCAAGAUGGCACAUUUAUUGAAGAAUUAAUAAAGAAUUACGAUGGAAAAGUACACGGAGACAGAGAAUCUGGUUUCAUGGAUGAUUCAAUUUUUGUUGACCUAGUGAAUGCUCUGAUACAAUAUGAGAAAGAGGAUAAAGAAAGGGAACAAACAAAAAAAGGAAGGGAGAAAGAUGAUGAUAGAGACAAGGAUAGAAAGGACAACUUGAAAAUGGACAUGAGAACUGAGAAUGUUAAAUCUGAAAUAUGUCCAUUUCCUUCUAUGCACAUAUUUAAUGCAAUAUCUAGUAUAUUUCCCAACAAAGGAAGACCAGAAGAAUUGAAGGAGAAGUAUAUAGAAUUAACCGAGAGGUCUGACCCGAAUGUUCUUCCGCCAGAAUGUACGCCAAAUAUCGACGGCGUAAAUGCAAAGAGCGUGCCGAGGGAACAAACCAUGCAUUCCUUUCAUACUUUAUUCUGCAGGAGAUGCUUCAAAUAUGACUGUUUUCUUCAUCCAGCCAGGGGAGAGUCGCCGCCAGGUCUUCAAGUCUGUCAUCCAGGACCAAACUUGCAAAAACGGAAGGGACCUGAUCUGAAGCCAUUUGCCGAGCCAUGUGGGGCAGCAUGUUACAUGCAUUUGGAGGGAAUGAAAGAAAAGCUUGCUGCGCAAGCGGCUGAUAUAAAGGAAGAUGAAAGCGAUGAGAAACGUGGAGGACCCAGAAAAGUACGGAAACAAGCAAGCGUAGAUUCUGGGAACGAAGCGAGUAGUGAAGAUAGCAAUGAUAGUAAUAAAUAUAGCCAAGGAGGCAGUUGUCAAGAUUCGUACGACAUUACGUCAGAUUUUAAACAAAACGUCAACAAAGAGUUAAAAAUUGAGGAUUCCAUGGAAGAUCAAACUCAACCAGAGAAUCAAACGCCAUUUACGCUUUUGGGUCUCGAUAAACGAGUACAGACUGAGAGUGAAGUUUCUUGGACGGGUUCGGAGCAAAGUUUAUUUCGAGCACUUCAUAAAGCUCUUCCUGGUAAUCCUUGCGCGUUAGCGCAAAUACUGCUAACUAAAACUUGUCAAGAAGUAUAUGAAUUUGCUCAGAAGGAAGCAUCUGAUAUACCAGCGAUCGAAAAUUUGAAAGACUUUACACCACCGCGAAAGAAGAAGAAGAAACAUCGUCUUUGGUCAAUGCAUUGUAGAAAGAUACAAUUGAAAAAGGAUUCUGGUGCCAAUCAUGUCCACAAUUUCGCACCUUGCGACCAUCCAGGAAGGCCAUGUGACAAUUCGUGUCCAUGCAUACAAGCUCAAAACUUCUGCGAGAAGUUUUGUCAAUGCAGUAGCGAAUGUCAAAAUCGUUUUCCAGGAUGUAGAUGUAAAGCUCAAUGCAAUACGAAGCAGUGUCCUUGUUAUUUAGCCGUAAGGGAAUGCGAUCCAGAUUUGUGCCAAACCUGUGGCGCAGAUCAGUUCCACAUUACCAAAAUAUCGUGCAAGAACGUUAGCGUUCAACGCGGUCUUCAUAAACAUCUUCUGAUGGCACCAUCCGAUGUGGCUGGUUGGGGAAUAUUUCUUAAAGAAUCUGCCGCGAAGAACGAAUUCAUAUCGGAAUAUUGUGGUGAAAUUAUAAGUCAGGAUGAAGCUGACAGACGUGGCAAAGUCUAUGAUAAGUACAUGUGCAGUUUCCUUUUCAAUCUUAAUAAUGACUUCGUAGUGGACGCUACGCGGAAAGGAAAUAAAAUAAGAUUUGCAAAUCAUUCAAUAAAUCCCAAUUGCUACGCAAAAGUAAUGAUGGUAAAUGGAGAUCAUAGGAUCGGCAUCUUUGCGAAGAGAGCUAUUCAACCAGGCGAAGAAUUAUUUUUCGAUUACAGAUAUGGACCGACAGAGCAAUUAAAGUUCGUGGGAAUCGAACGAGAAAUGGAGUUUUUAUAAUGUGGUUUCAUGUAAAUAAAUGCGAAAA